UGUUAGUCUCAAUACAUAAAUACACAUAUCGGAAAUAUUAGCGCUGCACAUACAGUCUUACGCCGAGGCGUUAGCUCACGAGUUGGCUCGCCGUCGGACAAGUACUGUUUUGCCAUCCUCAGAGCCGCUGAUCGCAUUUGUCACUGAAUAUCGGGAUCCGUAGGCUGCCUGUUGCCAGCCACCUCUAUCAAGAUGGGUGGGUGGAUCAGCAGAAGGAACCGCGCUGCGUCAGCUGAUUAUCAACUAAACGACAUGACGUUGCAACGGCACGUAAGGCAGCUGACAGAGCUAAGAUCCGCAGUGAUAUCAGGAAGGAAGCGCAAGGUGAGAAAAUUGUUGAAGAAGAGGCCAUAUCUGAAUUGCAAGCCGGGCGGGAUUAUUCUCUGGGAUGCAGUGUCGAAAGAUGACUACGAGAUCGCGUCGAUGCUGGUCGACGCGGGCGCAGACCUCACCGUCAAGGGCCCGACGGACGGGCCGUUCUCGUACUUGCUGCACGAACUCGUGAGAGGUCAAAAUCAAAGGCGCCAUCAACUGGCCGUGCAAAUGAUGGAGCACGGGGCCAAUGUGAACGCAAUCGACGACUUUCACUCGUCGGUCAUUUAUUAUGCUCUUAGGACCGAGUCGCUUUACUUGCUCGAGGAACUGAUCAAACACGGGGCGGAGCUGGACAGUUUCUUGGUCCUGAGAGCCGUCGACGCAAUCAAUUCGGAGGAGCUUGUGGAUUAUCUCGUCCAUGAAUUUCUCAAGGUUGGAAGGAAGGGCGAGCGAAUAGAGGAGCUGUUAUUGCAGUGCGCCUAUACCACGCGUGACGAGGAAGAGAUACUACCAAUUGUCCACUUAGUUUUGAACGAAAAAUUACCAGUCGCUGAGAUAAAUAGGAGAGGCCGUACGAUUUUCGGUGCCAUAAACUUGAGAAAGAUUGAAUUUGUGAAAUUACUUGUAGAAUAUGGAUUUGAUGUGAACGCUCCAGCACCAGUUCUGUCAGAAUCGGACAGUAAAGUAGAAUUUGAAACUUCACUUCAUGCCCCAUCGGAUGGCGAGUUGCCAUUGUACACAGCAGCAGGAUGCUAUAGAUCAGAUAUCUCCGAAAUUCUUAUCAAGGCUGGAGCAAAUGUCAAUGCUUCAUCGCGGAUUGGAACAUCAUACGUAGGCUUUGCUCUUCAUUCAGCUUGUGAAACGGACUCUUUAAGAAAUAUUCAGUUAUUAUUGCGUUGCGGAGCUAAUGUCAAUCUUCUGGACAGUCGGCGUCAAACUCCUUUUGAUAUAAUCGGAUUGACUGAAAAUAUAACCGAACAUCAUCGAUCGUUCAUUAGACAUUUCGCUAUUAUGACGACAAUUGGAAUGACAGUUAAUCAGGCAGAUUUGCAGCUCGUAGAAAAUCAUUCUGGAAUGCAGAACUACUACGCUCAGUGCUUAAAAGAAUUGGUAGAGAUGAAAACGACAAUGAUAAGUCCUACCGUCGACUGUUUUUCCCUUUUUAGGAUGAAUAAGAAACAUCUAUCCUUCAUGUUGAGACGUAGGACGUUUAUGGAAAUAUUCACUAAUAUGCUAGCACAACAUAAAUUUCCAAUUUAUCACGAUGAAUUAAAUUUUAUAUAUAACGAAGCUGAAAAGCUUAGAAUUGGGUUAUUUUUAUUCGAAACAAUUCUUCGCCAAGAAUUGAAAAAUCAUAUAGCACUUUAUUCACUGGAAAGAAUUAUAUACUUUGUAUAUACGAAUGAUGAUAAAUAAGUCUAUUUUCUCGAAUCAUUUUAUAACUUGACAAAAUAAAAUGCAAUAACUUUCGUGUCAUUGAAAUUAAAUAUAAUUGUACUGUCUUUUGUGCAUGACGCAUAAAUUAUUAAUUGAACCACAACGCCCAACUUCAAUUCCGCAGCAAGAAAAUUAAUUCCACUCAAAAAGAAAUUUAAGUUAACAUAAUUUUUUAUUACGUUCGACUAUGAAAUACUUAUCCGCAGUUGUCAUGAAUGUAGAAUCACCACUUUGUCAGAUGAUAGGAAAAUAAGGCCUUUUUAUUGUAUAUAUAAUACUUAUAUAUACAUUCUUUUGCUUAUAAUUCAAAGUCGUAAGUGACAGUUUAUUUUUAUAAAAAUUAUAACAACAAUGUAAUCGAACAAUUUUUUUCUACAAAAAAUAAAGUAGAAUGCUAAUAAUGAUUAUUAUGUAAU